AUGGCGAUAUAUUUGGAAAUAUACACCAGUCGUGCAGGAGCAAAUAAUGCCAAUAAUGCUCAUGUACCGCCAGUGACCAAUUUUUCGUUGGAACAUAUUUUCCGCAAUAAGUCCAAUAACCGGCGACUACGUUCCAUAAGUUUAACUACAAACCCGACCUUCCGCCGUGUACACAAUUUAGUCUCGUUAUUUAUUUGUUUACCUUCUGAAAACGGGGCAUUUUUGCGUCCCGAAAAUCCCCCAGAGGACAACGGGACAGGGGCACAAAAAAUGGUACUGUCCCGUUCAAAACCGGACGUGUGA